AUGAAGCCUAAAACUAAUUUAGUUCGUAAGGAUAAUGCAAUAGGUAUACGCAGUUCAACGUCUAUCCCCUUUUCCUCUUACAAGCCAGUAAACGCGACGCGUAAAAUGACCAAAGACCCCGAGCCUCGAUAUCAGUUUAAUAUUCAAACUCUAAACACAACCAAGACAUCGACAAUGGGACCACCUUCAGGGCCUCCCCCAAGUUUAAAACGAAAAUUAUUAAGUAAUUCGAUAUCUUCAAAACCUGAAUCCUCGUCGAGCGGCCAGGCACAUCCACGUGUAUUAGCCAGUGAUUCGGCUCCUGCUUAUAGUUUGGACUUGCAUACUCCAAGGAACCGACCAACGGCACUUAGAUAUAUAAGCAGUAGUAGUAGAGGUGGUCAUAGUGGCACAAGAUCAGCACGAUCAACGAGCACAUCCGUCGUACAAGCUAGUGUAAUACUCGCAAUAUCCGAAGGCCGCGGGAUGGCUCGGGGUGAAAUAGGCAUGGCAGCAAUAGACCUCCGACACCCACACCUCGUGUUAUGCCAGUUUAGCGAUACAUUGCUGUACACGCAUACGCUUACCAAGAUCAACUAUUUUAAUCCUGUAGAGAUAAUAGUUCCACACACUUUCUGCGAGGGCGCACAGUCAAAUCAACUAUAUAAACUUAUCAAAGAUCAAUAUCCUUUCGUCAAUAUAACCGCAGUGCAGAGACGUCAUUUUAACGAUGCAGCUGGCCGCCAGAACAUACAAUCUCUCUGUGCUCCACAAUACAGCGCAGUAUAUCUACAAGUAAUUCAUAAAUUUUAUGCACUCACAGCUGCAGCGGCAGCACUGAAAUAUGUAGAGUACAUUCAAUGUAUCGUUUUCGCUAGAGAAUCGUUGAAAAUAGAAUAUCACUCAUCUGAAAACACCAUGAUUAUAGAUGUAGGUACAGCAACUCAAUUAGAAUUAGUUCAUCCUUUGUUGCCAUCAGCAGGGCCUACUUGUUGCCUAUUAGGAGUACUAGGUCCAACGUAUACUGUUGGUGGCAUCAGGGCUCUAAGAGCUGCAAUACUUCAACCGUCAUGUAAUAAAGAAUUUAUAGAAGCCAGACUUGACUCGGUUCAAGAGCUCAUUGAGAGUGAAGCGGGACUAAUGACAGAUUUACAGGAUGUUAUCAAAAAGUUAGCAGAAAUAGACAAAAUUUUAUUUUUAUGCAUCGAAACACCGAACCAGAAUAUGGACAAGUACGGAGAAGCUCAAUUAAAUCAAACUCUUCUUCUAAAAACUACAAUGGAAAUGGUACCAAAAUUAUUAGAAGCGCUAAAAUCUGCCGAAAGUGGAAGGCUUAGAAAAAUAAAAAUGGAUUUCGAAAACCCACAUUAUGAGCAAAUAGCUCUUCGAAUACGUAACAUAAUACAAGAUGAAGCUCAUUUAGAAAAGGGAGCUAUGGGAAGCCUUCAACGUUGCUUCGCAGUGAAACCUGAAAUAAAUGGACUCCUAGAUGUAGCCAGAAGAACUUAUUCUGAGCUUAUUGAAGACAUACAAAAAAACGUAGAGCAAUUAAGUGAGACGUACGAUUUGCCUAUACGUCUACACCAGAAUGUUAUGAAAGGAUUCCAUAUUGUUCUGCCAAUUGCUCCAAAGAAUCGUAGGCACUUUAACAUUGAGGACAUACCAUCGAUAUUCAUCCAGGUUCUUUUUAACGGUGCAAGUGUUACGAUGACUACAGAAGAACUAGUUGUUUUAGAUCACCAAGCGAAGGAAUCGCUAAAUGAAAUUCAAAAGAUGAGCAAUAUUGUUAUUUCCACAUUAAUAAAAGAACUUCGUCCAUUUAUGUUUAGUCUCUAUAAACUGUGUGAAAAUGUUGCGGAAUUAGAUAUACUGCUAUCAUUAGCACAAGCCAGUGCGGUAGGUUCAUAUAUUAGACCUGAAUUCGAUAAUUAUUUAGAAGUUAGAAACUGCGUUCAUCCCCUUUUGGACUACAACAGUCAAGUAAUGCCAGUCCCAAAUGAUAUUUUAGCAACUCCCGAGCACAAUUUUACUAUAAUAACAGGACCAAAUAUGGGAGGGAAAAGUAUUUAUAUUAAACAAAUCGCUAUAAUGCAAAUAAUGGCACAAUUGGGUUGCUUCCUACCUGCGACGAAUGCCGUGCUCAGAUUAUGUGAUCGUAUUUUCUCAAGAAUUGGAUUUAAUGAUAGCGUCGAAUUUAAUGCUUCAACUUAUGUCAUUGAGAUGAAAGAAACCCAACACAUAUUAAAGGGGCUGACCUCAACUAGCUUGGUUAUUAUCGACGAAUUAUGCAGAGGAACAAGCGUCGAAGAAGGAACGAGUAUUGCAUGGUCGAUUUGUGAGCAACUUUUAAUGAGUGAAUCCUUCACUUUUUUUACUACACACUUUUUGUACCUCACCAGACUUGGAGACUUGUACUGUAACGUUGUUAAUCGGCAUACAGCAGUGAUUGAAGAAAAUGCCAAUUCUCAAGGCUUAGAACGAAAAUUAGUUUACCAAUAUAAAAUUGACAUAGGAAUAACAAAAAUAGACCACUAUGGGUUAUCUUUGGCAGCUAAAACCAGUUUGCCAGAGGAUACCGUCAUCUUAGCCGAAGAAAUAGCUAAAGUCAUUGCUAGAAAUAGACAGCCACAAAUUUUAAAAACAAUUAAUAUAACUGACGACCAACUUUUAUAUGAACUUAAUGCAAAAAUUCAAAAUGAAAUACGAAAACACAACAAUGAUUCAGUAAAAAUAAUUUUACAACAAUUCAAGAAUGAUAAUCGUCAGCUCAUCGACAGAAUACAAGUAGAAAAAAGAACACUUAGUUAUAAACCAGACACAAAUGCAAAUUCUACAUCAGAGAAUAUUAGAAACAUCAAUAAUAAUUUGCCAUCAAGCCAUGGCACAAAGAAUCAAAAAGCAGAUGAGCCGUUUCCAAAGUUCAGUUCCACUUCAACAACCUGCUAUACCAAUUCUGAUACAGAAUGUAUAGAUAUAAAAACGAACUUCUACUCUGCUGUAACUUCCUCUACUGAAAUGUUAAGCACGAUCAUUCAAACAAAAGACAAAAAUCCUGCAAUAAAUAUUACGCAUGAACGCUUAAAUGAAAACAAGUCGGCAAAUCAAGACAAUAGUCCGGACUUAAAUAAUAAAUCAAUUGAUCCCUUUAUUACAAAAAUACCUGAAAACCUUACUAAAAACUUAGUGAUUGAAUUUAAUAGAACGAAAUCAAUCGAAGGGGAUCAGAUAUCAGAUGAAGAAAGUACAGAUACGGAUAAGGUAGAAGAAGAUAUUGAGUUACAAGACAAGGACUUAGAAAAGUACAGCGAAAGCAGUACAUCAGAUUCAGAUCACUCAGAUAUAGCAUCGGCACCAACGCAGCUUAUUGAAUCUCAAUAUAAAGACACUGAUAAUAGUUUGACAUUAUCAGAUCAAAAUUUAUUAAAAGAGACUAUAAAUGAAAUUAGAGAAGAAAUGUUCUUGCAUGACGAAUCUAUUGAGACCCUGAUUCUUACGCCCCCAGUACAAUUUAGAUAA